ACCGGAAACUUCAACAUUGACUCCUUCUUUGUGUAUUUCCCUUUCGCAGAAAACACUUCAUAAUGUCGAAGAGAGGUCGUGGUGGUACCGCCGGAGGAAAAUUCCGUAUUUCACUUGGUUUGCCAGUUGGUGCUGUUAUCAACUGCGCUGACAACACAGGUGGUAAAAACUUGUACGUCAUUGCUGUCCAUGGCAUCCGUGGUCGUUUGAAUCGUUUGCCAGCUGCUGGAGCUGGUGACAUGUUCGUUGCCACAGUCAAGAAGGGUAAACCAGAAUUGCGUAAAAAGGUUAUGCCAGCCGUGGUCAUUCGCCAGCGGAAACCGUUCAGAAGACGUGAUGGUGUGUUUAUAUACUUCGAGGACAAUGCGGGCGUGAUAGUAAACAACAAAGGUGAAAUGAAAGGUUCCGCUAUCACUGGCCCAGUCGCAAAGGAAUGCGCCGAUUUAUGGCCUCGUAUUGCUUCGAACUCAAGCUCCAUCGCUUAAAAGUGAUGACAACAACCACACGUUUAAGCUUCUGAAUAUUGAGAAAAUAAAUAUGGGAAAUUUCGAUUUUUCAUAAAGUUAAA